AUGGCUACCCCCAGUGUCCUUACCUUUGAUGCUGAGGGUCGUGCUGUUGACUUUGAGGUCUGGGUCGAUGACCUCCAGCUGUUCCUACAGUGCGAUAGGGCAGACGGACUCUCCCUGUUCGAUCUCACCUCUAGAGCCUCUCUUGCCCCGCCUGCUACUGCUGACAGCACUUUUCGCUCACAGUGGGCCACACGCGAUGCUGCUGCCCGUCUUGCUGUGCGUCGUCACUUACCGACCACUAAGCGUGCGCACUUUAGCCAGUACAAGAGUGCUAAGACCUUGUACGACGCUGUAGUUGCACGCAACUCUUCCCCUGCCACUGCUCAGCUGUGCCGCCUCAUGCUACCGUACCUUUUCCCUAACCUUGCUGCCUUUCCCACAGGUAAUGACCUCAUUACGCACCUUCGCACUAGUGACACUCGCUACCGCGCUGCGCUUCCUACUGAGUUCUGUGCGAAGAACCCCCCCCCCAUGUACAUCACCCUCUACUACAUAGUCACCCGGCUCCCUGACUCCCUUCGCUUAGUCAGGGACCACUUCCUCUCAGUUUGCCCCACCACACUCACCGUUGACCUCCUCGAGGAGCGCCUCCUAGCAGCAGAGAAGAUCAUAGUCGCUGUAGGAGCCUCUCGUGGUGACCCUCGCACCCCCGUCUUUGAGGGGUGUUCCCCCUCCCCCCUUUUGCCCUCUGUUGCUUCUCCUGCUGCGGCCGACCUCGUUGGCUUCGAGUCGGUCGGCGCUGCGUCUGCCCCUAGCGGGAGACGCCGCACCGGCAAGGGCAAGGGGGGCAAGGGCGCUGGAGGGGCUGGCGGGGGCGGUGGAGGUGGUGGUGGAGGCAGUGGAGGGGGUGGGGGUGGUGGUGGGAGUGGUGGCGAGGGUGGAGGUGUCGGUGGCAGCAGUAGAGGCGGAGGAGGCGGCGGCGGUGGCGGAGGGAGCGGAGGCGGCGGAGGUGGCGGAGGUGGCGGAGGCGGCGGAGGUGGUGGAGGAGGCGGCGGCAGCGGUGGAGCUGGUCGCGGCUCUGCGCAGAGGAGUGGGUCUGGUGGUGGUCCACGCCAGCAGCAGCAGCGCAGUCGUGAGAUCCUGUCCCCUCAGCAGCUUCGUGAGUGGUACGAAGUGCGUCAGCGCGGUGGGGGUACGGGUCCCUGCACCUACAUCCUCCGUACCGGCGACCGCGCUGGUGAGCAGUGCGGGGGCCCGCACUCCACCCAGCGCUGCUUCCGCCGCCUGACGGACGCGUGGCGUCACCAGUUUCCUGACGCCUCUGAGAUCCCUCGUUGGGGAGAGCUGUCAAAGGCGGGGGUUGCUAUCUUUGAUCUUGAUUAUGAUGCUAUUCUUGCUGCCAUGUAUGCUGUGUCUGAUAGUGUUCACGGUGACUGCUACCUAUGUGUUCCGCCUGACGCGGGCAUUGAGGUUGCUGCUCUAGGUGCUGGUGAGGCUGCUGCUCUAGGUGCUAGUGCGUCUGCUGCCCCAGGUGCUGGUGAGUCUGCUCUCUCAGGUACCACGUCGGCUCAGGCCUUACACACCUUCACCCUUGACUCGGGUGCUUCCCGCUCCUUCUUUCGAGACCGCACCACGCUUACGCCGCUUAGUCGGCCGGUUGCGGUCUCCCUGGCGGACCCCUCUGGGGGUCCUGUCCUUGCUAGCUUCUCCACUGUCUUACCGUGCCCGGCAGCCCCCUGUGGCACCCUGUCAGGUCUCUACCUCCCCUCGUUCUCUACGAACUUUGGGUGA